GGAAACAAAACAAACUACACCAACAGUUUUUUGGAAAAAAAAUCCCAGGCACAAAUUAAACUGUAAAAAUUGGCGACAAAUCUGAUUGUCUUCUUCUGGCUAGCUGGUUUCCUGUAGGUUUUGAGGCAAUUCAAUGACGGUUUAUGGGGUUCCUCCUGUUAGUGUGGUUGGGGAAAGCUAUUGCGCCCCAUACCCCCUGGAGUUGAUUGUCAAGAAGAAGAUUAAAAAACUAUCCAACGCACAGUUUGAAGUAUUUGAUCUCAGUGGCAACCUCCUCCUCCAGGUAGAUGGUGGUGUCUGGAACUUCCAGUUGAAAAGAGUUUUGCGUGAUCCUGCUGGUUUUCCUAUCCUCACGAUCCGCGGAAAGGUACUUACACUAUGGCAUAAAUGGAAGGCUCAUGCAGGUGAAAGCACGGAUGACAGCAGUGUCCUUUUCACUGUAAAACAAUCCCGUCCUCUCCAAAUUAAAAAAGCGAUCAACGUCUUCUUGACCCCCACCUCCAAGAAAAAAGAAGCUGACUUUCACAUAAGCGGAUCUUAUACUUCUUUGUCAUUCAAACUUUAUGAAGGCCGUAGACUCAUUGCAGAGGUCAAACAUAACUUCACGCUUGAGAGUUUCUGCAAGGGGAAGGAAAGAUACAAGGUUAAAGUUUAUCCAGAGGUUGAUUAUGCAUUCGUUGUGGCGUUGCUCGUAAUUCUUGACGAGAAUGACACCCCUUGA